CGGGGGGGCUGCUCCGGGGAGGGCAGCUGAGACCCCCCCAUGGGCGGGGCGGGGUCUGCUUGGCUACUGUGGCCGCCCCCCGCCGGACCCUCCCCCCACCGGGCAGAGAGGAGGCGGGGGUCUCUUGGGGGAUCGAGCGGGGGUCUCUUGGGGGCGACUGACAUGCUCUGCCCGGAGGGGACUUGGGGGGGGACUUGCAACAGGCCGGGGGGGGGGCAGGAAACGACCCCUCGCUGGGGCGCCCUGGAGGGAGACCCCCCCCCCACUCGGCGGGCGCCCCCCCCCAUCAGCCGCGCAAGGGCCGACGGGAGCAGAGGCGCUCCUCGCGGGAACCUCCCGCCCGUCCUCGGCUUCCCGGCGGCCCCCGCGCGGACGAGCCAAUCGCGGCUUCCCGCGCGGGGCCUUAUGGGAGCGGUAGUCCACUUCCCCCCCUUGGCUGGAGCGCGGAGGAAGGCGACCGGCGGGUGCGGGGCCCUUUGCUGCUUCCAGGGCUUCUCCGCCGCCCGGGGCCGAGCGCGGGGGAGGCGGCAGGGCGCUCGGUCGUCUUCCGGCGGGGACCGUUGCCAUGAGGGGAGCCGCGGCCUAGCGCCCGACGAAGCCUGGGACUCGCGUAGACGCCGCCGCCGCCGCCGCCGCCGCCAUGUCCUUAGUGGCCUACGCCAGCAGCGAGGAGGAGCGGGAGGAGGAGGAGGAGGAAGAAGAGGAGGAGGAGGAGGAGGGCGAAAAGGCGCCCGGGGGCCCGCGGGGGCUCCUCUCCGUCCUGCCGCCGGCGCGCCCAAGCCCGGCCCCCAAGCGGCCGCCGGUUCGGAUCCCGGCGCCGCGGCUGCCGGAGAAGUCCGACUCGGAGGAGGAGGAGGAGGAGGAGGAACCGGCGCCCAAAAAGCCCUCGCGGCUCGGGGGUCUCUCGGCGCUUCUCCCGCAGCCCCGCCGCGGAGCCCCGCAGCCCCGCCGCGCCGAUCCCGCCGCGCCGCCCUCCCCGUCGGCCAUCAAGGCGGCGGCCAAGAGCGCGGCCCGGCAGGUGGCCCGUCAGGUGGCCCAGGAGGGCGAGGCGGAGCCCCCGCAGCCCUUCUUCCCCAGGCCCCCGCCGGCCCCCGGCCCGCCCGCCGCCCCCGCGCCCCCCGUCGCCUUCCCCGACGACCUCCCGCCCGGCACCGAGCCCGACGGCCAGGACGGCGCUGACGCCCCGCUGGAGUUCAAGACGCCCCCCGGCGCCCGGCCCGCCCCGCCCGGCUGGCCCCCCGCGCCCGCCCCGGAAUACGGAGCCCCCUACGCGGGCUACUACGGCGGGGGCUACUACCCGGAGAACGAGCCGGGAUUGGGGCCGCCCCCCGAGGGCAGCGCGGACGCCGCCCCCGCCUCCUUCAUGGACGACGAAGCGUUCAAGCGCCUGCAAGGGAAGCGCAACCGCGGGAGGGAAGAGAUCAGCUUCGUGGAGAUCCGGGGCGACGACCAGCUGAGCGGAGUCCAGCAGUGGCUCACCAAGUCCCUGACGGAGGAGCAGGGCAUGAAGUCCUUCAGCAAGAAAAAGGGGGAGCAGCCCACGGGGCAGCAGCGAAGGAAGCACCAGAUCACCUACCUGAUCCACCAGGCGAAAGAGCGUGAGCUGGAGCUGAAGAACAGCUGGGCAGAGAACAAGCUCAGCAGGCGUCAGACCCAGGCCAAGUAUGGGUUUUAGCCCCUUCCCGGCCCCUCGGCCAUGCAGCGUCCGGAGCAGGAUGGCCGACGACGCGGGAUCCUGUUCUGCCAGGCAGCAAGGCCCACUGGCCUGCCAAGGAAGCCACCACAGGAGGCCGUGCAGCCAGGCGCCUUGCCACAAGCCCCCCCCCCCCAAAAGAGCAAGGGUCUGCUUCUGCUUGAGUUGGGGGGGGGGGGGGGCUCUCAGCCCCUGGAUUUCCCUCCAGCAGUUUUUCUUCAAAGUCACCGCCAAGGCAGGAGGAGGGAGCCCUAUCUGGACUGGGGAGGGCUGCCCACCCCCACCCCUGAGACUGGCUGGAGGGCAGGGGGCUGGACUGUGUGUCACCCCCUCCCCUUAGCAUAUCCUGGGUCCUGUUGCUGCCCACAGCAAGGUCUUGUUUUGAAGAAUUAGCAAACACUCUGCCACCCACCCACCCACUUUUCCUGGUUUCAGUUUGUCCUCAGAGGCCCAUUGCUCCAAUUUCAGAGAUCGGAGUUUCUGUCUCUCCCUUUCCUCAAACCCCCCACCCCCCAGGUGUGCCCUCUUGACCAGUCUGUGGCUGUUCAGAAGACCCCCCCCCACCUCUUCCGAAUAUUUUUCCAUCCCUUGUUUUCCUUAGACAGCCCUUGAAAGGGGAGCAGCUUCCCACUGAACGGGCCUCAUCUAAUGCCCAGAGUCAACCGGAGGGGUGGUGGUGGUGGGGGCAGGACGAUGGUGUCUCCUGUGCCACUCCCCCCUCCCCCGCCCUCAUUGAGCCUGGGCACCCCCAAGCCAACUCUAUUACCCCCCCCCUUCUGCUUUUGGUGGUCUCUCUUUGUCCACUCCCUGUUCGGAUCGUAGCCGUUUCCAGUCCAGCAGACGGACCUCCUUUUUUUCCGCUGCAGAGUAUCUGUAUUUAGGGUUUUUUUUUCUAAAAAAGAAGAUCUUGGUUUAUUUCCCUGGAGACUUUAGUACUUAGGAAAGCUCCCUGUCCCUAUUUUGAAUAUUUGAAAAUAAAACUCAUUCAGUAAAUUGA